CUUGGCCCUAUCGAUAUUUGUUCAAUAUGUUUGACCGGAGUCUGAUUCCCACCGGUGGUGCCUCCGUUUCCAGAGUAUCCACUUUCACAGAGCGCCACCACCGCCGCGUACAGCUGAGUCGCAACAAGUUGUACCUACAGCGCCUCAGUCGAGCCACCAGUUUGGUGCACAAACAACCGCCUCUGAUGAACGUCAAGACACAGUCCGGAUUCGAUGUUCUGCACGAGGAUGCUCGCAUCUUUCUGGAGCGGACCAACGCGAAUGUGCGCCUGCUACUGAAUCUGUCAAAGAUAAAGCGAACCAAAGGCACCAUUGACUUUGCGGAGGGUCCACCCGUAGUCCCCCAAUCGGCUCUGCCACAAAUGCUGCGAAGGCUUGACCGUGUUCAGCGUCACAACCUUUGGCUGGGUCUCCGCCUGAUGAGGAUCCAUGAGCGGAAGCGUGAAGGCGACCAGCGGAAGCGUGAAGGCGAGAAGCGGACUAGCGAACAAUCGCAAUCGAGUAACUUAAGGUGUUCCAGUGUGAUGACCAACCGGUCUGCUCUGGGGGAGAAUGAGGUAUUUAAUAAGUACAUUGGCUGGGAUCUGGAAAUGCCCGAUGAAUACUUGGAACUGAUUCGACUGCUCCGGCCCAGGAUUGUUCUGCACUUUGGCCUGAUGGACGGCAGGCCGUUGGGCCAAGUGGUUGUGCAGCUAUUUACUGAAGCUGCGCCGCUGGUGGUGCUGCAGUUCGUCCGCACUUGCCUGGGUCAGAGAUCGCACGAGUUCGCCGUGCGCCGGAUCUUUCCACGUCUGUGGGUGGAGGGCUAUCUCCUCAGCAGCUGCAAAAACAGCCUGGGCGAAGCAUCCUCUUUGAGCUAUCGUGAUCCCAUGGAGUUCGAUACGCGCGUGGUGAGUCACGCCCGCUACGGUUGCGUCUUGUCCUGCGCCAAGGAGUACUGUGUCCACGGAUUUCCCGGCGGAGCCAUCAACUUUAGCAUCAGUUUCAAGCCCCUGCCGGUGGCCAGGGGUCAGCGCGUGGGCUUUGGUCGGGUGAUACGCGGCGACAAGGUCAUCGAGGCCAUGGAAGCUCAUGGGACCAAAAAUGGGAAAAUCAGUCGGCCAUUGCUCAUCACCCACUGCGAAUUGCUAUAGGAAAUGAUGGAGUUUUUGGGGUACUUCUGGUUUCAUACUGCAGAGAAUCUUCAGCGUGCAGUAAUGAUAUCCUGCGGGCUGCAACCAGAAGUCCUGCAGAUGCUCUUUUACGGAUUUUAACCAGGAUUAAAUGUACAUUAAGUAAUAAAUAUUUCAACUUUUUAAAACUGG